CUCAGCCGCUGCGGUCGCCGCGGCCACUGAUGCGCCGGCCCGCGCCCGGCCCCGCGGAUCCGAGAGGAUGUGGGUCCUCGGCAUCGCGGCAACUUUUUGCGGAUUGUUCUUGCUUCCAGGCUUUGCGCUGCAAAUCCAGUGUUACCAGUGUGAAGAAUUCCAGCUGAACAACGACUGCUCCUCCCCUGAGUUCAUCGUCAAUUGCACGGUGAAUGUUCAGGACAUGUGUCAGAAAGAAGUAAUGGAACAAAGUGCGGGAAUCAUGUACCGCAAGUCAUGUGCUUCAUCGGCAGCCUGCCUCAUCGCCUCCGCUGGGUACCAGUCCUUCUGCUCCCCUGGGAAACUGAACUCAGUGUGUAUCAGCUGCUGCAACACCCCUCUUUGCAAUGGGCCAAGGCCCAAGAAAAGAGGCAGCUCUGCCUCAGCCAUCAGACCGGAGCUUCCCACCACCGUCCUGCUCCUCACAUUAGCCCUCUUCUUGGUGCACUGCUGAAGCUGAAGGAGGGGCCCCCUCCUCCCGCCUUGUCCUUCUGGCCCUCGCACUCCGCUUCCCCACGUCUCUUCAGGGUGUUCUUUUAUGCUGGGUAAAGAAGGGAGGCUUUUUGUUCAUUUGCAAAUAAUGAAAGAGCUUCACAUACAAACAGCCUUGUAAGCUCUGAAUAAAUUCAGUCUGAAUUUCCAGUGUGCGCUUGGAGGAAGGGCGCGGAGCAGAAGUUGAGCAGCCCCAUCCCCGCUACCAUCAGGAAAGCCAGGCAGGCACAACCGGCCCUUAGAAGCCAGCCGUACAGUGUGCACCUGCCCUUCCAAAGCCUCCAGCUUCCCUGCUGUCCCUUACGGAGGUCCACUUUAUGUCGUGGCAGCUGUGUGAGGGUGUUGUUGCUGUCUGUGUGUGGUGGGGGAGGGCCGGUUCCCUGCUGGAGGCUUCUGAACUUGACCUUCACACUUCGUGCUCUUGUAAGCCAUUCCCUGCUGCCGAAGUGGCUGAUGCUGAUUUUGUCCCUGAGUCGUCAUUCUGAGGUGACUCCAGGCUUGUUUGCUGGGGCUUGCACUCAGGCUGGGGCUCAGCCUGAAAAGUGCUUAAGAACACCUUCUUGGUUCGCCUGACGGAGGAAUUGCGCUGGGAAGCUAAGAGGAGGAGCGGGCUGCGGUAGGAGCGGGUGCUGUCCGUGGCGGAGCUGGUGUGGGUGUGCAGGCGCUUCUCGUGGUUGGCAUGCUGCAGAGUCAGGUGACAACGGAGCACCUGCCCGAACACCCUACGGAACUGCUGCGAAGACACAUUAUACAGGAGCGGGUUGACCACAGAGCUGAGGUAGAAGAAGGUGUCGGAGAAGGGGAGGAGGAUCAUGUAUGCCCGGAAGUAAGACCUGGUCCAGUCGUGCUUGGGCUUGGCUGCAGCCAUGAUCCUCCGGACUUGGUUGGGCAUCCAGCAAACAGCCAACGUCACAACAAUCAACCCUAAGCAAAAGAGGGAAAGAGAGGGCAAAGAAACGGCAUGAGAACAAAAAUAAUAAAUAAAUAAACAAAAAUCCCAUCAAAUAUUUAGCCCCUCAGUUCUGUGCUCACUGGCCAGGAAAUGGUACCAAUUUUUCAAUGUUUUGCUUGACAGCUUCUUUUGCCACCAGCAGAAGAAUUUAAUGCCGCUUCAAGCUCAGGGGAGUUGGCUGUGUUAAAUACCAUUAAAUGCUUUCGACAGUGUAUCUUACACCUGUUGAUGCCUGUUAAUUUAAAAAAAAAAAAUGUUUUCAUUGUUGCUUGUGGAUCCCAAAAAUAUUUUAUGUUGGCCAUGAA